UUGUGUUGGCCUGCAGCUUGAGUCAGGCCUAACCAUCUGGGCCAAAGGUGGGAGAUUCUGGGAGUUGUAGCCCAAAACCAUCUGGAAGGUCUUCUUUCUGUGUCUUAACUGCUCACUUGGUCACCACUGGUGAGAAGGCUGUGGAAGAAGGUAUUUGGCCUCUCCUUGGCCAUGUUGGUUUCCAUGCCUUUUCUUCCGUAAGAAGUAUAGCAGUGAAGUCAACCGGUUGAUUGGUAGAAAACAAACUUAGAUUGUAUCUUCUCCUGGAGCCUACCCCUGUCCAAUGUCCUGCUUAUGUUGUCCUCUUGCCACUUGGGAAUUGACAUUUCCAGAGUUCCUAGUCACACAGCUUUUAUCCAACUGUGGAUAUGUUGCAUGGGAAACAGGUCCUAAGAAAGAAUACAGUAGAGUCUCACUUAUCCAAGCUAAACAGGCCGGCAGAAGCUUGGAUAAGCGAAUAUCUUGGAUAAUAAGGAGGGAUUAAGGAAAAGCCUAUUAAACAUCCAAUUAGGUUAUGAUUUGACAAAUUAAGCACCAAAACAUUAUUCAUUUAUUAUUUAUUUACAGCAUUUAUAUUCCGCCCUUCUCACCCCGAAGGGGACUCAGGGCGGAUCACAUUACACAUAUAGGCAAACAUUCAAUGCCUUUUAACAUAGAACAAAGACAAGACAAACAUAGGCUCCGAGCGGGCCUCGAACUCAUGACCUCCUGGUCAGAGUGAUUCAUUGCAGCUGGUUUCAGCUGGCUUGCUCUCCAGCCUGCGCCACAGCCCGGCUUGUUGUUAUACAACAAAUUGGACAGAAAAAGUAGUUCAAUACGCAGUAAUGUUAUGUUGUCAUUACUGUAUUUACAAAUUUAGCACCAGAAUAUCACGAUAUAUUGAAAACAUUGACUACAAAAAUGGCUUGGAUAAUCCAGAAGCUUGGAUAAGCGAGGCUUGGAUAGGUGAGACUCUACUGUACUCUACAACUUCACUUAAUCUGAAAAUGAGGAGACAGAGACAAAAGAUGGAACCGUACAUUAUUUAUCAGAAUAAGGGUUAAAUAUUGGUUGGUUUUAGUAGUUUAGAACCAUCUGGAUUCUUUGGACUACAAUUCCCAUCAUUCCACCCUGGAGACCACCAUAUUAUCUACCUGCGUACUUUUGUCUCCUUGUGAAAGAUUGCUUUGUGUGUAUAGGAAAUAGAACUACCAGUUUGCAGAAUUGUUUCCAAUGAAAAAGGCCACAUCUAAACGGAGAUAACAACGCUUUCCAUGGAAGGUCAUAUGGGAAGAGUGGAGGAAAUUUAGCCCGUCUCUUCCUUGCUUCAUGUUUUGGGGAAAUUCCGCUUUUUGAAGUUAUUGAUACUCUCUUUUAGACCACUGCAAGCAUGCCAAGCGGAAUACAAUACACUGCAUUUUCUACAUGGCAAAAUACACGAUAUAUUUCAUUACAAGGUAUAAAACCUAACAUAUACAAGCAUGCAUGUAUUAUAUGUAAGAAUGAGUAAACAUUUCUAAAAGGAAACUUCUUAAACCUUCCCAAGAGACCAACCUUUUUCGUUAUGUGACGCCAAGUGAGGCAUUGAUCAAAUCUUUUGGGAUAUUCUUUCCAUCCCUAGUCCAUUGGAGUAAAAAAGAACUAAAAAUCUUGCAAUAUCUUCAAAGCCAGGCAAACUGAGAUAGGUUCAUGUCUCGACCAGUGCGGAGAAGAGAUGUUGGAUGUUUAUUUAAUUAUAUUAUUAUAUUAUAACCGCUGCCACCGGUGUAAAGAUGUUUAUAAUGCGGCCACCAGAUGUAAAGGGGAUUAUCCACGCUUGCCACCACUAUGGGAAGAUAUAGCCACUAGCUACUUAGAGAGGAGAGGAAAGUUUGUUUUUCUUCUUUCUUCUUGUUUUUUUUUAUGGUAAUAUAUAUGACAGAAGCUGAGAUGUUUAAAAGAACAAUAACACGUUUAUUCUGGCACAAAGCUUAAUGGUUACAGUAACUUUCUCUUUAGAGGCACUUUGGUUAACAGUUACAAGGCUAGAAUGAGGUGUUUUAAACUUCUUAAAAUGUCACUUCUUUCUUUACUGCUCUAAACCGCAGUCACCCUGUGAAUUACAAUCACAGAUUAUCUGUUCCUCAUCAGGAGACAGACUACCUUAAAAUAAGUCACCAAACUUAUUUUAAAUUGACUCAAAAAUAAGCAUUUAAGUCUCCCUGAUCCCUUCAACUGAGGAGCAGUCUUCACUGUACCUCAUCAGGGCACAGACUACUGCUUCUUUUUCAAACCUGCACUUCUCCACCAAAACGGCAGUUGACUCCGCCCACUUCUCCAUGGCAACCAACUCAUGAGUGCAGAGUAACUGAAAUAUUGACCCUUUUAAAACGCAAUUAAACAUGACAUCUGUAAACUAAAAAAUUCACACUUCGUUACAACCAGGGUGAAGGUGGCAGCGAAAAGAUGCGCCAGAUGACAUCUUUCUUUUCUUGUUCACAAAAAUGAUCUCUUCUGAGAGGAAGAAGGAAGAGUUGACAAUGCAGUGCUGAUUCCUUACCACCUCAUAAACACUCCAGAUAUGUCCUUACUUUAUACUUAGUCAACAUCUGUAGUUCACUCUUGGUAGAACAAACUCUUAUGACAAAUUCAUAUAACACCUACUGAGAAAGGACAAUGCAAUAAGGGACAAAUCUUGGGAAGAAAACCCUAUGCCAGGCCUUGGGGUUGCUAUCCAACUUGAAGGCACACAACAACAAACCUGUCUUGGGAUGGAAACUGAAAGUACCCUAUGCGAAGAAAAUAUGAAUGACCUCUAAAUAGCCAAAUAUAAUAUAACUAGCUGUGCCCGGCCAUGCGUUGCUGUGGUGAAGUAUAGUGGUAUGGGAAAUAAAGUAUUGAGGAAUUGGUGGUAGUUAAGGUAAAGGGUAAAGGUUUUCCCCUGACAUUAAGUCCAGUUGUGCCUGACUCUGACCAGAUAAGAUUUUAAAUGGGUUAUAUAGCUGUGUGGAAGGGCCUUGAGUCUACACUACCAUAUAAUCCAGUUAAAAUCAGAUAAUCUGUAUUUUAUAGGCAGUGUGGAAGAGGCCUAAGUGAAGCCUAACUCUGCCUGUCCCCUGGGCUGAGUGGGUUGCUAGGAGACCAAGUGGGCAGAUCUUAGCCUUCUAACUGGCAGCAAUUGGAUAAAAACAAUUAUUCCUCUCCCUCUAAUUAGGACUUUAUUUUUCUUUUCUUUUUGUUGUAUGAACAUAGAGGCAUGGAUGAGGGGUUGUGCUGCCAAGUUUAGUGUUUCUGGGAUGUGCCGUUUUGUUGUUUUGUCCUAGGCCAAAAUUUCAUUACCCUUCUAUAUAUAUAGAUUCUAAGUUGGUGUGCUCCUAGGCAUUAUUUAACGGCAAAUUUGGCACCACCAGCAGCAGAAAUCUUAUGGAAAGAUUAGGGAGAGGAUAGAAAAAAACAGGUCCAACAUUUUUUCAAAAAAGAGGUCAACAUAGUUCAGUUGACUUUUUAUUCAGAGCUAUUGCUAUGCAUGUGUGAAAUGAACCAACCAGGGAAGUCUUAGCAGUUUGAACCUUUAAGGCAGGGGUUCCCAAACUAAGGCCCGGGGGCCGGAUGCGGCCCUCCAAGGUCAUUAACCUGGCCCCUGUCCUAAACUUUAGACUUAGGGUUGACCUAAGUCUACCUGGUCUUUGGAGGUCUCUGUGCUUACCUCUGGUCUUAUGAGAUCGUUGAGAUGGUUUUUAAAGGUUUCUUUGCUUAGGUACGGCCUUAUGAGACCAUCUAGAUGGCUUUUGGAGGUUACUUUUCUUACCUAUGGUCCUAUGAGACCAUCUAGAUGGCCUUUGAGGGUCCCUUUCCUUACUUAUGGUCUUAUGAGACAAUCUAGAUGGUUUUUGGAGGUCUCUUUCCUUACUUAUGGUCUUAUGAGACCAUCUAGAUGGUUUUUGGAGGUCUCUUUCCUUACUUAUGGUCUUAUGAGACCAUCUAGAUGGUCUUUGAAGGUCUCUUUGCUUACCUAUGGUCUUAUGAGAUCAUCUAGGUCAGCGAUCCCCAAACUAAGGCCCAUGGGCCGGAUGCAGUCCCCCAGGGUCAUUGACCCUGGCCUCUAUCCUAAACUUUAGACUUAGGGUUGACCUAAGUCUGAAAUGACUUGAAGGCACACAACAACAACAAUCCUAAUUUUGGACCAUUUCAUAGUCCGGCCCCCUAACAGUCUGAAGGACCAAGAACCGGCCCUCCACUUAAAAAGUUUGAGGACCCCUGCUUUAAGGGAUCAUUCAAAGGGUUCCGAAAAAGGGACUUUGCUUGGGAUGUGCUAACUUGAUCCAAUGAUACCUCUCGCAUUCAUUGAUCAUGGAGCGUAAUCUACAUUGUUGACGUCCAACUGUGAAACAGGUCCUCUCGCCAAUGUAUCGCCCUUUCGCAUCCCAGUCAGAUUGGCCCUGAUCAGAUAGGGAAAAGGCUUCAUCCACGGCUAAACGCUUUUGCCGUUUGUAAAGGCUCCAGCUUCAGAAAGCCGUGAAAACAAGAGAAUGAUCUGGCUUUAAGACCCGGGAGGAGCCACUGUUGUCAAAGCGAAAGGAGGGGGAAACCCUUUCCACCCCAAAGUUAAACCUCCAGCCAAUCCUCUUGGGUGCAUCAGGCACUUUACGCCAGUGGGUGUUGCUCCUUGCCUAGAAAACUCUCCAAGUUUUCGCAGUGACAACUUUAGCUGCCAUCCGCUCUUGAAAAAGGCAAAGACAGGAGAUCCAAGCAGCACAGAUCUCUCCAACAUCCCAAAUGCUUGUUCCCUGAUGUCCGCUUGCCAGCUUUGGCCUCAUCAAGGAGGCAUCUUUCUUCCCAUGCUGUCAGCUGGAUAGAUGAGGGAGUUCUACUUUUGUCUCCCUUGGGGCACCAGCUUCCUCUGCCCAGAGUGGACGAGAACCAAAUUGGGAAAGGCUUCAGAGUCCAACUUUUGAAGGCCAUCCCUACCAGUAGGUUCUGUCGUGAUGAGGCCCAAAGCCAAGGAAGCACAACAGCUGAACAUCAGUGUGGGACACUGGUUGGUUUUUUGCUCGUGGCUUUUAGCAAGCUGGUCUUUUCAACCCGCCAAGGCAGGAUGCGCCAACCGGGAGACCCACCGAUGCUGUCCGGGUCGGAAUAACGAUUGCUCCGACUUCUCCUGGAGGAAAACUCCUUGUUAUUGUGACACCUAUUGCGAGAAGACCGGGGACUGCUGCGAAGAUUAUCACGCCGUCUGUCAGGCAUCAGCUGUGGAUUGUGUGGUGGGGCCGUGGGGACCUUGGAGCGACUGCAGCUCUCUCUGUGGCACCGGGAGCAAAGACCGCAUGCGCCAGGUCACGGUGCCACCACGGAACAGAGGAACCCCGUGCCCGGACCUGAAACAGAGGCGAGGCUGCCUGGGAGACAACCCGGCUUGUGAGACGGCUAAAGAAGUGUCUAAGAUCCUGCCCGAUUCUUUUAAGAGGGACUUUAAGGAUCCCUGGAGAAGACCUCACAUGCUCACGAAGCACAAGAUGCCAAGCUACUGCAUCUACUUCCGCCUGAAGCAGGCCAGCCUUGCCUGCCACCUGCAUCUGUGGAGCAGCCAGCUGGUGAGGGAACGGCGGGUUUGUGUGGAGUGCCAAGGCGGAGCUGUGGGCAGCAAGAAGCGGUGCCAAGGGGACGGCCUACAGGGAUCCAGGACAUUCUGGACCGCCGCCUCCAUUGCCGGCUGUCAAGGAUCCUGGGUUCAAGAGUCCCUACAGGACAACUGUGUGUGUCCGCAACUUUCCUUUAUCUUUGUAUGACGCUGCGGCGAGUGGGACAAAGGCACAGAGAGGGAGACACGAAGGAAAUUUUAAAAAUUCCAAAUGGAAAACUGACACCGCUUUAUCUUCCUCGGCUUCCGUAUCAAUCCAUGCUCCGUACCCCUUGUCCCGUGCGUUUUUUUAAUGGCUAUGUUGCUCCAUCAUUACGGCUACAAUAGGACUUUCUUUUUCAGCAAAGACACCUUGAAAGACUUUGGUACAAAAGAGCCAACAGCAGCUUCCCUUUUUUUUGCAGAGCUUGGAAGUGAAUUACCGUACAUCACACCUCUUGUUAUGAGUUACUUUUGUUUUUGGAAUACCGGCAUAGCGAAAUUACGGCGGGACAAACAGUGGACUCGGGUUACUUCUACAGUGUAAGGUAAAGGUUUUCCCCUUGACAUUAAGUCUAGUCGUGUCCGACUCUGGGGGUUGGUACACAUCACAAUUUCUAAGCUGAAGAGCUGGCGUUGUGGAAAUCAAGAUCAACUACAUCCAUGACAUUCCUGUAAUCUACCAAUUUUGUAACUUCGUUGUAAAAAAUAAUAAUCUGGCAAUGCUUGAUUUCCAGAAA